ACCAAAGUAAUGGUCCUUGCGCUCAUCUUUGUCUCGUUGCUUUAUGUUUUAUAGUUCUUGCAUUAUGCUCAGAUCUACAAAUGAAAUCCCCAAAAUACCCUCACCUUCCAUCUUUAUUUAUUUACUCUCAACUACCUUGCUUGCUGCUCCUGCAAGCCAGAAGCUUCAAGUUUGCGAAUGUCCGGUUAUGUUGAAAACAACCCUUGCAUGGUUUAUUUCCUGAUGCUGCUAACUUGGCGUACUUAGCUUUACUUUGUUGGUUCAUUUCUGAAUUCUGAUAAAAGUUGGAUAGUUUUUUGGUCAACACUGUACAUUUUGGAAAAGAUUGUUAAGAUGGUGGGUAGGUUUGAGGUUGAACAGUAUUCACUAAGCAAGUUGAGACAAUUUCAUGAAAGGGUUUUGAGUUUUGGCGACAAAUUUGUAAAGAUUCAUUGUAAGCUUUGGGUUUCUGAAUCAAUCAGUGCACUUGUUGUUAUUGGUUUAUUUUUAUCAUUCCUUUUAGCAAUGGUAUGCACAUAUUUUUAUGUCUUUCCAAGCUAUCAGCCGGCGAUUCGUACUUAUAGAGUUCAUGAGUCCAGUGAUUUAGUUGGCAAAUGCAAUGUUUUUGAUGGCAAAUGGAUCCCUGAUGAAAGUUACCCUUUAUAUAAUGCUUCACAAUGUCCUUUUGCUGAGCGUGGGUUUGAUUGCGUGGCGAAUGGAAGAAGAGAUAGGGGUUAUCAAAAAUGGAGAUGGAAGCCUAAGUACUGUGAAAUUCCAAGGUUUAAUGUGCAUGAGAUUCUUGGAAAGCUUCGUGGGAAACGGAUUGUUUUUGUUGGUGAUUCAUUGAGCAGAACACAGUGGGAGUCUAUGAUAUGUUUGCUUAUGAAAGGUGUGGCGGAUAAGAGGGAUGUUUACGAAAUUAAUGGAAAUAAGAUCACUAAACGAAUUAGGUUUUUGGGGGUGUGGUUCAGUUCAUAUAAUUUACGUAUCGACUUUUAUCGGUCAGUUUUCCUGGUGCAGCCUGGUCCAGCACCAAGGCGUGCACCCAAGAGGGUUAAAUCGACAGUCAGACUUGACAGGCUGGAUGAUAUUAGCAAAGAGUGGAUUGAUUCUGAUUUCCUGAUAUUUAAUUCAGGUCAUUGGUGGACCCCAACUAAGCUUUUUGAUAUGGGUUGCUAUUUUCAGGCAGGUGGAUCACUAAAGCGUGGAAUGGGUAUCCCAUCUGCCUUUAGAACUGCAUUAAAGACUUGGGCAUCUUGGGUUGAGACUUCAGUGAACAGAAACAGAACUAGGAUAUUCUUCCGGACUUUUGAAUCUUCACAUUGGAUUGGUCGGAACCGUAAUUCCUGCAAAGCGACUAGACGCCCUUGGCUAAAAACUAAAGGGAGGGACCAUAGCAGAAUUUCCGACAUUAUAACUGAUGUUGUGAAGAAAAUGACAACUCCUGCGAUAGUGUUACGUGUUACCUCUAUGGGGGCAUUUCGUAGUGAUGCUCAUGUGGGCACUUGGAGCGACAAUCCGUCAGUACCUGAUUGUAGCCAUUGGUGUCUUCCUGGAGUACCUGAUACAUGGAAUGAAAUUCUCCUAUCAAUGAUGCUCUCGGAGGAUGGACUAUAACAUGCAAUACUUUUACUCAACCUUCCAUCCCCUUUCUGUAUCAGGUUGAAUAAGAACGCUUGCUUAUGGACUCUAAUGUUUAUGGUUGUAUUUAGCAUGAUAUAUAGCAAGAUGCUAGAUCGAGUAUUGGACUCUAGUGUUUUGGAUGUUAAUGCACGUUUACUAAUUAUUACUAACUGAAAAAAGUCCGAGAGGCAAAAAUAAAAACAAUACUAAAAUAAGUAUAAGCUGCAAG